AUGGCGACGUCCAUGGUGAGAUAUGUAUAUGGCAAAGAAGUUGAAGCCACUGUCGGACUUGACGUUGGCGUCAGGAAAACGGGGAACAUAUCUGAGCCUGACAGGGGUAGAUCUGUAACAAUGGCAAGACAACAGUUAAAAAAUGGGAAAGCGUCAUUUGUCGUCGAACUUGAUAAGUUGAACAACGAUCAGGAAGCAUUUGCCGUUGAAAACGCCGUUUUAGUGUUGACUUCAACAGUGGUUGAAUCUGCAACAGGGAAAGAAGAAUCCAGUUCAGAUCACUCUGUCACGUUCGUGAAAUACCCUUUCAAAUUUGACUUAUCGCGUUCAAAGAAAACUUACCGAUCAGGAGUUCCAUACUUUUUGCAAGUAGACAUGCUCUAUCCGAACGGAACUCCAGCUAAACGGUAUGAUUUCAUUCUAGAGGUUUAUAACGGAGGACAAUUGGCUUCAAACACAAGUCAUAUAACAAACAAAAAGGGUCAGUGUGUUUAUUUAAUAGCACCAGUGUUCGAGGAAAUGGAUCGGAUGUUAAAAUUGUAUGUCCGCGGCUUUGAAGAGUUUGCAAUCGAAUAUCAAUUAAAACACGACAGUCGAAAGAAACCCCUUAUUGUUGAGCAAGUUCAAGAAGUAAUCACAUUUUCAUCAUUAUGA